GAGUCAUAUCACCGGCUAACUUCCUGUUAGUGGUUCUGACGCUGCUGUCUGCAUGUGAGCUUUUACUGCUAAUGCUGCAUUUUCUAUAGCUCUGCCUUUCCACCGGCCAGUGCCCUGAGGAAUCCAGCAUCCUUAAUGUGAGGUCCUACCCACCCACGCCUGGUUGUAAGACACCUACUACAAAACAGUAGAAGAUGAGCAAGUCCCCCACCCCUAAGGGCACCCCGGUGCAGCGCAGCCCCAGUGAUGGGGUCCCUGAGGGCCUCCAGUCUCCUCAGCACUCCACACCUGGCUCCGGACCCCAGCAUAAGAAACGCAUUUCCAGCCUGCUUCAGAGUCCGUCAUUCAGGGAGGAGCUGGAUGUGCUGAUCCAGGAACAGAUGAAGAAAGGUGGAAGCUCGUCCAACCUGUGGGCCCUGAGACAGCUUGCUGAUUUCAUGGCCUCUCAUGGCUCUCCAGCUGCUCUGCCAGUCUCUCCUUCUAACAUGAUGAUGGUGACACCCAUCAACGACCUGCAUGGGUGGGAGCCUGGCAGCAUGGUGAAGGGAGAGAGGUUGAUGCGCUGCAAGCUGGCCAGCACCCACCGCCUGUUCGACCUCUUCGGCUGGGCCCAGAUCAGCCGCACCUGUCUCACCCUCCGUGUCAGUAAAGAACAGGAACACUUCCUGGUGCUUCCAGACGGCCUGACCUACAGCGAGGUGACUGGAUCCAGUCUGGUGAAGGUGAAUAUCCUGGGUGAGGUGGUGGAGAAGGGCAGCACCAACCUUGGCGUGGACGCAGAGAACUUCAGCCUGCACUCGGCCAUCUACUCAGCCCGGCCAGAUGUUCGCUGUCUACUUCACCUCCACACACCGGCCACAGCUGCGGUUUCAGCUAUGAAGUGCGGCCUCCUGCCGCUGUCCCAUGAGGCUCUGCUGGUUGGUGACGUGGCCUACUAUGACUACAAUGGAGUCAUGGAGGAGGAGGAGGACAGAGUGGAGCUGCAGAAGAGCUUGGGACCCACCUGUAAGGUUCUGGUGCUGAGGAAUCACGGCAUCGUGGCUCUUGGGGAGUCUGUGGAGGAGGCCUUCUACACCAUCUACCACAUCCAGGCUGCCUGCCAGAUCCAGGUGUCAGCUUUGUGUUGUGCUGGUGGUGAACACAACCUGAUUUUGCUGGAUCGGACCACCCAUAAACCCAACCCCACUGGCACCGUGGGCUGGGCUGGCUCCACCUUUGGGCCCCUGCACAAGAGCCGCAUCGGGGAGCAUGAGUUUGAAGCCCUCAUGAGAACCCUGGAUAACCUGGGAUACCGUACCGGCUAUGCCUACCGUUUCCCUGUGCUGCUGGAGCGAUCGCGGAUGCGGAGAGAGGUGGAGGUGCCUGCGACCGUCACAGCGUUCCACCAGUUUGAUGAUGACGGAGUCCACCCAGCUCUGAGGCAGCACCCUUUUGCCCAGCGCCAGCAGCAGGAGAGGACCCGAUGGCUCAACACUCCCAACACCUACCAAAAAGUCAGCCAGGAGCAAGCCAGUCCUGGGCAUCAGCGCACCACUUGGUUGAAGACAGAAGAGAUGACACAAGCUGGCAGCACAUCCAUCAAGAUAGAGAACCCAAACCAGUUUGUGCCUCUUUUCACCAACCCUCAAGAGGUGAUUGAGACACGGAACAAGAUCCGACAGCAGAAUCGUCAGGACAUGAAGACAGCGGGACCACAGUCUCAAGUCCUCGCCAGCGUCAUAACAGAGGACAGUCCUCCGUCUCCAGUCAGCCCACCCAAAGUCCCACCAGAGCCAGAACCUCCCAACCCCUUCAACCAGCUGACGGACCAGGAGCUGGAGGAGUACCGCAAAGAAGUGCAGAGGAAACAGGACGGAGGCACCAAUGUAGGGGAGGAGGUGGCAAAUGACAAGGAGCCUACCCCUGCUACCUCCCCCACAAAGGGCCCUCCGCCCAGCCACCCUCCUCUGUCAGAAGAGGCAAAGAACGACUCUUCAGCCAAACAGGAAGGAGGCAAGGAGGAGAAGCAGACGACAGAAGAAUUAGAGAAGGGCAUGAAGGCUCUUUCAACCAACGACACCUCCUCCACCCCUGCUGCUCCACCUGCCAAACCACAAGGUGGCACCCCUGAGGGUUCGCCCUCCAAAUCCCCGUCCAAGAAGAAAAAGAAGUUCAAACCGCCGUCGUUCCUCAAAAAGAGCAAGAAGCAGAAGGAGAAAGCAGAGACCUGAGGCGUCCAGACACACCAGACCUCGGUGAAAUACUACUGUGAAAUAUUUCUUAGUGUGUGGUGCGUGAGUAGCAGACGGAGUUGACCACAUGAGAUCCAUUCAAACAGUCGGCUAAGAUGUCAUUCACAGACACAGUGUACUAGACUGACUUUCAAAUGCUUUACUGUAAACUGCACUGAUUUGAUCUAUGUGGUUAUUCGUCUAAAGCAAGUUAAAAACACUGAUGAUUAUUUUCACCUACUAUUUGACCCAGGUCGGACACAACCCAACAUUCUGACACACCACGACUUGUCUCUCUCACACACACACACACACACUUGCACACACACACACACACACACACACACACACUCUCACACGCACACACACAUGCACAGUCCGUGUAUUACUCAUGUCUUAUUUUCACCUGCUGUGCUAUCAAACCAUUACUUAACUUCACUGUAUAGACAUUCAUACAUGUUUGUUUUUCAGACUGGGAUUACUGCUCUGAUCCUGUGCACUUGCCGCUCAGAACUUGUUUCAUUUUCCAUCCACACCUUCGCAAGACACGGUGGAAAUUUAAGUCCCCAUGAAUUAUGCACCCCUUAUCCAUCUAUAGGCACUUGACGUAUGUAUAUUGACAUUCUAGUACGUUACAUUUGUUCAUCAUCAUAGGCAUCUCCUAGUCAUGAUUUGGUUUUAGUUAUCAGAUAGAUGUUGCAGGUAUGCUAUGUGAGCACCGGUGCAGUACAUGUAGAAAUAUACUGAUAGCUACUGAUUGUGCUCUUCUGAAUGCUGGUUUUGUGUAAUACUAUCAGUCUAUUGACAUUAUUACAGCAGGGAAAGACACAGGAAAAGAAAGCAGGGGAAAAUAUACUGGCUCGCAACAAAACACAAGCCGCUGUUAAUGCCACUAUUACCAAAAAAAAAAAAAAGGAUAAAGCAUAAAGAAUUUGUUGCUU